AUGUCGCGUCCUACCGUCUCCAUCAUCGGCAAGGAUGGUGCUCCCACUGGGGCCACCCACCCCAUGCCCGCCGUCUUCUCGAGCCCCAUCCGCCCGGACAUUGUCCAGCAGGUUCACACCGGCAUUGCGAAGAACAAGCGUCAGCCUUACUCCGUGAGCGAGAAGGCCGGUCACCAGACCUCUGCCGAGUCCUGGGGUACUGGUCGUGCCGUCGCCCGUAUCCCCCGUGUCUCCGGUGGUGGUACUCACCGCGCCGGUCAGGCUGCCUUCGGUAACAUGCGCUACGCCACCUGCUCUGCUCUGGCUGCCUCUGCUGCUCCUCCUCUGCUGAUGGCCCGCGGCCACCAGGUCAUGACCCUUGCCGAGGUUCCCCUCGUCGUCGACUCGGCCAUCCUCGAGUCCGGUGCCGCCACCAAGACCGCUGGCUCCCUGGCCCUGCUCAAGGCCGUCGGUGCCGGACCCGACAUCGAGAAGGUCAAGAACUCCAAGAAGAUCCGCGCCGGCAAGGGCAAGCUCCGUGGCCGCCGCCACCGCCAGCGCCGCGGACCCCUGGUCAUCUACGACGGCAACGUCGACGGCAAGGACCUCGUCCGCGGGUUCCGCAACAUCCCCGGUGUCGAGACCUGCCCGGUCACGGCCCUCAACCUCCUCCAGCUCGCGCCCGGCGGCCACCUCGGCCGCUUCAUCGUCUGGACCUCGGCCGCCUUCAAGGCCCUCGACGAGAUCUACGGCUCCACCACCGAGCCCUCGGCCUUCAAGCGCGACUUCCUCCUUCCCUCGAACGUCAUGUCCCAGUCUGACCUGGCCCGCCUCAUCAACUCGUCCGAGAUCCAGAGCUCCCUCAACGCCCCCAAGGGCGACGCCUUCACCCGCCGCUCCGCCGUCCAGAAGAAGAACCCCCUCCGCAACAAGCAGGUCAUGCUCCGUCUCAACCCCUACGCCUCUGUCUUUGCUCAGGAGUCCCAGAAGAGCCAGGAGUAA